AUGAUAAGAGGGCAAAGCGGUAGAACUAUAGUGAGGAGGUUGUUACAAAGACGGUACCAGAGUAAAUCCUCGUUUGGUAUAGCGUUGGCGACAGCGAGUAGACUGGUGACUCCGAAAUGGAUGUUGAACAAUCCGGUGUCGUUGGUCUCCACGGAGAUGAACACUUUAGCAAAGAAUAUUAUGGGAUUAAUUGGAUCUGGUCACCCAACUUUGAAUCAUGUCACUAGUUACUAUUUCGAAGCUGAAGGGAAGAAAGUACGUCCGAUGCUUGUAUUAUUAUUGUCGAGAGCUGUAUCCGCUAUCCCUAUUGAGAAACGGAAUAAUAUCAAGAUUGACUUCACAGAUUUCGAGACUGUUCCUGUCGGUAGAGAUCCUUUACAGAAAUUUUUGGCUUCGAAACCAGUAGAGAAUUUUUCACCUUUACAAAUUAUUCAUGGUAUCCAAUCUAUGAAUCCAUUAACAAAAGAAGCUGCACCAAUCCCCGAGAAACAAUUCGACAAUGAGCGUGGGAUUCUUCCGAAACAACGACGUUUGGCAGAGAUCGUAGAGAUGAUCCAUACUGCGUCUUUGCUUCACGAUGAUGUCAUUGAUCAUGCAGAUACAAGGCGAGGUAGGCCAAGUGGGAACGUUGCAUUUACAAAUAAGAUGGCCGUCCUAGCUGGUGAUUUCCUUUUAGGUCGUGCCACAGUAUCUAUUUCUAGAUUAAAGAACCCUGAGGUUGUUGAAUUGAUGAGCAGUAGUAUAGCUAAUUUAGUAGAAGGUGAAUUCAUGCAAUUACACAACGUUGCUACAGAUUCUGGGAAUAACGAUUUAUUGACAGAGACGACACCUAUUGGGAAAUUAGAUUUAAGGACUCAUGAUUAUAAAGUCCCUGUAUUGCGCCCACCAUUAACGACUACUCGUGAUGGUAUGAUGGCGACACUUACUCAUGAACAACAACAAGAGAUUAUUAACAAUGCGUUCCGUUAUUAUUUACAUAAAUCCUACCUUAAGACGGCAUCCUUAAUUUCGAAAUCCUGUCGCGCCACAGCGAUCCUUUCUGGAGCACAACCUGAAGUCAUUGAAUCCUGUUAUAAUUUUGGUAAGAAUCUAGGUCUAUGUUUCCAACUUGUUGAUGAUAUGUUAGAUUUCACCGUCUCAGCUAAGGAAUUAGGUAAACCUUCAGGAGCCGAUUUAAAACUCGGGAUUUCUACUGCACCUGUCCUAUAUGCAUGGAAGGAAGACCCUAGCUUAGGUCCAUUGAUCCAACGACAUUUCAGUCAACAAGGCGAUAUACAACAGGUAUUAAAAUCGGUGGAGUUACAUGAUGGUGUUGGAAGGACAAAGAAACUAGCUGAGAAUUACAGAGAUAUGGCUUUGAAAUGUCUACGUGAUGUUCUGCCAGAGUCAGACUCCCGUUCAGCGCUAGAGUUUUUGACCAACAGCAUACUUACCAGGAGAAAGUAA